GUGGGGGGUGUCAGGGGACUACGGUUGACGCGCGCUCGACAAAUAAAUGGAGAAAAAGAGAGACAAAAGAAUCUUAUUGCGACCGUACUAAAGACUAAAGUCCGGAACUAUGGAUUAAAACCAGAUUUUGUGAAUGAUCAAUCCAAAAGGUUAUUAGCUGUGCUUUAGCUGAGACCGUCUCAAGUAAACGAAAAUGUCAAGGCCUCAGGUUACUAUCACAUUGGGCCGCUCUGGUCAAAAGGUGGUGAAGCGAUCGUCAGCUUCUCAGGGAACUGGUUUUGGUCAACAAACGUUGUCAGGAGGCAAAAGAUCACUAGGAGAGACCUAUAGAACUGACUCUGAGGAUCCUUCUCUAUCGCUUCGCAAACGUUUUGCUGCCAUUUUUUUUUCAAGUGUGCGGGGGUAUGGAGGUGCAGGGGAUUCCAGAUAUGGUGGCCCUAAUGAUGUAAGGGUGGGGCAAAAUGACCUCCGACUGAAACUAAUACGCAGAAGAAGGCAAAAGGAAAUUAUUCUGGAGAUUGAAAAAAGAAAAAAGGAGCAGCAUAAGAUGAUGGCAGAAAGUGUUCGAUCGGCAGAACAGUCUCAUAGGAAGCUUGUCACUGUCGGCCAACGAUCAUCUGGAGCUAGUGAGUUGCAUCAGAUGGAGGCAAUGAGAUCCUCCUAUGCAUCACAGAUUUAUGGUGGUGUAAGACCAAAAUCCCCAAAUAGACUUCCAAAAGAUUCUAGAGAGAUCUCGUCACCAAGCAAUAUCACUGCAACUCAGCAUGUACUAUCAAUAAGGCCAGCUGAAACCUCAAGAGCAGUUGGUAUGUUGAGAGCUGACCUCUUGAACCCUUCCCCAUUAAAAGGUCUUACCCCUAUGACCAUGAGGUCCACACUAGUUGCCGGGAAAUCGAUGCUAGGUCUUUCCUCUGCAAACGGAAGCAUGCUACAAAGCUCAUAUCCUGAUCCACCGCCCAUGACCGUGGUCAGUCUAUUAAAUUCCCUGGGUUUGGGAAAGUAUGCUAUCCACUUUCAAGCUGAGGAGAUAGACAUGGCGGCAUUGAAGCAAAUGGGGGACCGUGACCUGAAGGAGUUGGGGAUACCUAUGGGACCGAGGAAGAAGAUUCUCCUAGCUAUGCUUCCCCAAAAUAAAAGAGCAAUGAUGCAGGUGGUAGGAAGGUAGUUAUGUUUGUUGAAAUGUGCUUGGAAUUGCUUUGUAGCUGAAGCUUUUGAACUGGUUGUUCCUGGGAAAUGUAUAUAAAGGACAGUGUUAAAAUUGCCGGAGGAAUAUUGUGUAUAGCAGUGAAAUUCUCUUUGUUUUUGGCGGAAGAGAGCGGGGUAAAACAGCUGCAUCAUUUUCUUUGUU